CGUUCCCGUCUGCUGCGCGGCCACGCGCAAAAGGGCGCGCCCGAGUGUUGUAUCAAGUGCGCGAGACCGAAGGACUGCAUCACAGCUCAUUCAAUUCCUAUCCAGACGCCGACUAGCAAAGACAACCAUGGCCUCCGGAGUUACAGUGGAUGAGAACGUGUUGACGAUCUUCAAUGACAUGAAGGUCCGCAAGGCUUCUGCCAACGAGGAAGAGAAAAACAAGAGGAAGAAGGCUGUUCUCUUCUGCCUGAGCGAGGACAAGAAGCAUAUCAUCAUGGAGGAGGGCAGUGAGAUCCUGCAGGGAGAUGAAGGAGAUCCCUACCUUAAGUUUGUCAAGAUGCUUCCUCCUAAUGACUGUCGCUACGCUCUCUAUGAUGCCACAUAUGAGACUAAGGAGACCAAGAAAGAGGACCUGGUUUUCAUUUUCUGGGCCCCAGAAAAUGCCCCACUCAAAAGCAAGAUGAUAUACGCCAGCUCCAAGGAUGCCAUCAAGAAGAAGUUCACAGGUAUCAAGCACGAGUGGCAAGUGAACGGUUUAGAAGAUAUCAAGGACCGAAAGACCCUUGCUGAGAAGCUCGGGGGAGCGUCAGUGGUGACUCUCGAGGGCAAGCCUCUGAGCGAUUGAGGCUGACACAUUUCAGGGGUUAGCUGUUCAUUCCGACAUGGGUGGGGCAGAUGGGCCAGAACGACUGUUUGUGGGCCACGGGGUGGGUUAAUGCGGGUGGGGAGGGUUGGGCGAAAGUGACAGUUUCCAAACUCCACACAUGACGAAAGAUGUAGGCUGUCAUUCCAGUUCACGCAUACAAUGAUCAAGAACAAAAACAUAAGAGAAAAAAAAGAUCUUAAAAGACAAAAACCAAGGAUGAUGAUUAUAAAAACAAAAGUAAUAUAACUGUAAAUGUGUACUGGCAGGUUUUCGUUCUUUCUGGGUUCCAUUAGAUUGUUGAAAGGAAAGACUGAGACAGCAGCCGUUACAAUUCAGCUAUACAACAUACUAUUUGUUCUUAAGAUUUAUUUAUUUUUUGGGCCAAAAGUCUAGUUAAGUUUUUCUAAGUAUGUGUGUUGGAUGGUAGAGUAUGAAGACUAGGUGUAGUACAAAAUUUACUACAAAAUCACACGUUAUCGGACCAUUCUGGGAACACAAUUUACUCUCCCCUUCCUUUUUUUUUUUUUUUUUUUUUUUUUUUUUUACAUUCCUUCUACCUGUGAAAUCUGGGGCCUAGUGGGUGAGCGGUCUGUUGAUGAAUCGGAUUGAGUGGAUUGAUGGACACGUAUUAAGUUUAGAUGGAGCGAUAUAUUUGGUUAGCCUGUGUACAGAGCUUUGAUGGAUAUUGGUCAGUGGAUGUUUUGUAUCGUCUCCUUAUCUCUAAUAAAAAA